AGGAGCUCCGGAAGUUUAUUGCAAGGGGUGAACAGCUGUUCCUGUGGCUGGCUAGAAGUAGGGCAGGGCUGGAUCCCACCAUCUGCAGCAACAGGGUCAAGCCAUGGCUGCAGAUUCAGACGUGCUUCAUUUCCAGUUUGAGCAGCAAGGAGAUGCUGUGCUGCAGAAGAUGAAUCUCCUGCGGCAACAAAACCUCUUUUGCGAUGUAUCUAUCUACAUCAACGACACUGAGUUCCAGGGGCACAAGGUGAUUUUUGCUGCUUGUUCCACCUUCAUGAGGGACCAGUUUCUGCUCAGCCAGUCCCAGCAGGUGCGCAUCACCAUCUUGCAGAGUGCUGAGGUGGGGAGAAAGUUGCUGCUUUCAUGCUACACGGGUGCUCUGGAGGUGAAAAAGAAGGAGCUUUUGAAAUAUCUCACAGCUGCAAGUUACUUGCAGAUGGUGCAUAUUGUGGAGAAAUGCACCGAGGCAUUAUCACGGUAUCUUGAAAUUGAUGCCCCUGUGGAGGGCAAUGGCAGGAGCCCUGAAAAAUGCCACUCUUCUGACAUGGAGCUGGGGGACAAAGACGCCUGUCUGGAUAAAGACUGUGAAAUCAUUGAGAUUUCAGAAGACAGUUCUGUGAAUUUAGAGGAUCACAUAAAGCAGGAAAAAGGGGAUGUUCGGCAGCCACCCUUGCAAAAUUUAGUAUCAGAAAGGAAGGAUGUAAAAAGCCCUGAGAUAUCGACUGUUGAGAUAGGAUACAAAGACAAUGAAAUCUGCAUUUUCCGUAUGGAUUCCAUCAGUGCACCUAGCGCAGAAGACGAACAGUAUUCACAACCAUCUACCUCCUCUAAUACAAACUUGUAUUUUCCCGAAACUCAACACUCCUUGAUCAACUCAACUGUUGAGAGCAGAAUUUCAGAGGUGCCCGGGGGUCAGUUCCCAGGCUUCCGGGGUGACAACCCAGAAAGAGCUGUGAAUGCCGUGGGCGCGUUCCAAAAUCCAGAGGACUCUGGCUAUUCAUGGCGGCACCAGUGUCCAAAAUGCCCCCGGGGCUUCCUCCACCUCGAGAACUAUCUCCGCCACUUGAAGAUGCACAAACUGUUCUUGUGUUUGCAGUGUGGGAAGACCUUCACACAAAAGAAGAACCUGAACCGGCACAUCCGAGGGCACAUGGGGAUCCGCCCAUUCCAGUGCAUGGUGUGCCUGAAGACAUUUACAGCCAAAAGCACACUCCAGGACCACUUGAACAUUCAUAGUGGAGACAGGCCUUACAAGUGCCACUGCUGUGACAUGGACUUCAAGCACAAAUCCGCCCUCAAGAAGCACCUGACAUCUGUGCAUGGGAGGGGCAAUGUGGACAAAGCAGCCUUUGACUCUAUUACUGAAGUCAGAAUAGACUACGAUUAAUGCGUGUGUAGGUAAGGCCAGGCUCCCUGUAAAAUACUGAGAGCAGCCUCACCCUCAGCCUCCAGUAUGACACGUGGGCAGGUAGUUUUCAUCCCAGUAUUUCCAUGGAUGUUAAUUUCAGGCUUGCAAAUAGACAUGGGCCUGGUCAACUGAGUUUAUUCCCUUUUAGACCACAGAUUAUUUUUAUAGCUGUAUGUGUGGGCAGACAGGCUAGUAAUUGUUUUUGUGGGCUUUUUUGUACAGCUCCUGCUUUUGCUUUGUGUUAGGUGUUAACACUAUUCUUAUUAUUGUUACUAUACAUUGGCAAGACUAACUCAGGCUUUGGUCCUUUAAGAAGGAUGACUUAGCAGAACCCAGGCUUCCAAACAGGCAAGUCUGAAUUCAGUCCUGCUCAGAAAAAAAAAAUUGGGACAGUCUUCUGAGUUCUCUUUUUCUGCUAUCCUGAGGACUAUUGAUGAGUUAGUUAUGACGUUCACUAGUGAAAAGCAAACUGCAGGUUGGCAAGAAAAUGGAUUGAGAUCUUUUAAAAUUGUACAUGAAGUACGACCAUAAUGCUCUCGCUGUCUCUUUCAAGAGAAGAGUAACUUCCUGUUUGUCUCUUAGCUGAACUUUCCAGUUUUCUUGAGGAAUGCUGGCAGCACUUCAGAAAACCAAAAAAAAGACCUACAACUCUUACUUCUGACUGCUUGCUUAACAAGAUUGACUCAGUUAAAAUUAACUAGCUAUUUGAAGUUUUACAGGGAAUUCGUGAGUGUAGCUACAUUCUGUAAGCCGACAGGUUCCCAACUUGCUUUACAGCAAACUUGCUUUUCCAAUUUGAAUACUGUCAAAAAAAAAGCAGUGAAGAGAAACCCUGAGAUCUGGGGCUCUGUUGUCAAGGCAACCGAGCUGUUUCUGCUGUUCAUACUUCUUUGCCAGCAAACUAUUAUUGCUACUGCUUUGUUCAUCCCAUAUGUAUGUGUUCCAAGAAAAGGAAGAAGAGACUUUAAAAGAAAACAUACAGGCCAUUACUUGGUACUUUCAACUUCACUCAGCUGGGCAUAAUGUCAUGACCAGAGACCACUUGAAA